AUGCGUUAUGCGAGAGCCUCUGAGGGUAAAUCUAUAGAUGCUACUCAAGAAAUGUUGGCAUUGGGUGCGUGCAACGUGGUAUCAUCGUUUGUAUCAUCAAUGCCCGUGAGCGGCGGCCUCAGCCGAGGUGCGGUCAACCACUCGUCUGGGGUAAAGACGACGCUUGGUGGAGUAUACACUGGACUAUUAGUACUCAUAUCGUUGCAGUUCCUCACACCCUAUUUGUAUUACAUACCCAAGGCUGCCUUGGCAGCCGUCAUAAUUGCCGCGGUUGUCUUUAUGGUGGAGUUUCAGGUGGUGAAACCAAUAUGGCGAAGCAAAAAAAUUGAUCUCAUACCAGCCAUAACCACAUUUCUAUGUUGUCUUUUCAUACGACUUGAACUGGGCAUUGUAAUUGGCAUCGGUAUAAAUCUUUUAUUCCUACUUUAUGCCUCGGCCAGACCGACGUUACGAGUCCAUAAAGCUACGAGUAUCAGUGGUUUUGAAUAUCUUGUCAUAACUCCGGACCGAAGUCUGGUAUUUCCAAGUGUUGAGUACGUACGAGCCGUCAUCAGUAAGCAGGGAUUACGAGAGGGUACCACCGUACCUGUUGUAAUAGAUUGUACACAUAUCCAGGCUGCUGAUUUCACUGCUGCAAAGGGUAUCAAAACUUUAAUAGAGGAUUUUACUAAACGAGGCCAACCAUUAAUUUUUCAUAACUUGAAACCUAGCGUUAUUAAGAUUUUUAAUGGUGUUAAACCUUCAGGAUUUACGUGCAGCUCUAGCGAGCUUGAACUCAAUGACCAUCUUAAAGAAUAUACGGACGUUUCAACCGAGACUCUUAAUCGAUAUUAAAUACAU